UAUGCUGUGCCUCCCACACCGGCGCUCCUCGUACGCCUCUCCAUGUCCAAUCCUCCCUGCCAUAUGCCGCUCCGGUCUCUGGGUGGUUCUCUUCGAAAUGGUUUGAUGUUGCACCUUUCCUCCAAUAGAUGUCGUAAGGGUACCACGUUACUAUUCCCGUUACUAUUUCGCCGGUGAUCGUCUCGAAACACUAACGUCUCUCCUAGGUGUGUCGAUAUCUGUUGUGUGUCGAGCUGCGUAUUGUGCAUAUCAGAAAAUGAAGCCAGUCCUUGCUAAAAACCCCCGAAAAACGGGGAGAGGUGUCGAGUGUCCGCUUUGUUUGAAGAGAGGAGCAAAAUCAAUUCUGGAAUCGGUCGAUAUAGGACCUGGAGUUAAAGUUAAAAUGUGCCCGGAUGCUCAGUGUGAGUACCCGUUCGUAGAUGCGGUGGCAAAGCGAGUUAAAGUAUCCAAGAGGAGGCGAGGCAGGAAUAUUUCGGAUCAGCUAGCAGAAAGGGAAGCAAGAGGUUUUGGAUGGUUGGAUGAGCUUCCAUGGGAUGCCAUUUCGAAUGUAAGUUCAGCAAUCCCGUCUGGUCCAGCGUCUCCAGACAUGAGUAACUUAACCAUCGACGAGAUUUUGGAAAAAUCUUGUGAAGAAUUUCUACCACCUCAAGUGCUUGACAGCGAGACCGUCAGCCCUUCUCCUGCCUCUGUCAUAGACGAUGAUGACGCAUUUUUCGCUGCUUUGCGAACUGAUCCACGGCUAGUGUUGGAGGCAGCCGCCGCGCGACUUCCGAAUCCUUCAAUCACGUCGGUUGCUGCACCUCUGCGAGAGUCAGAGACCUUCUCGGAAGACCGAAGCUCCGCAGGAAGAAUACCAGCAUGCCUAACUUUUCUGGAAGAUGUGAUAUCUGAUGGCCCUGGCAUCGCGUCCGCUUUCGUGAAAAACCGAGGGAACGGAGUUUCAGUCGCUGAGGAAGAGUUCUCCGUUGAGCACUACGCAUCAGAUCAGUGUUGUAGUGAAAGGCACGUCGAGACACUUGUACGGGGAGUUGUUGCUCCAUGCAAGCGGGGUGUAUCGCGGCAGAGCGACAGUCUUUCGAGUGAAGGUGCUGACGAAGGACGAGAAUCGAAAAAGCAGAGGACCAUGGAUAACGAGGCUUCUCCUUCCCCCGGAGAACUCGGAAUAAAUCUUGGUGAGGAUUCUGGUUGGUCAUUCUCUGCUGUCACUGUAUCAGACUUAUCUGAAGCCCAGACCGAUGACAGCGGGUUGAUAACGUGCUCAAGGGACUGUCAGCUUGCAGUUGUGAAUGAGAACGCGGGCAAUUUUCUGAGCAAAGACUCUGUCUUCCUGGCCACGGAUGGGGCAAAUCGUCAGAUGGAAGCCUACCUGAAGGUCGUUUCGAGAGACGGGGGUUGUCUUGAGGAUGUGGAUGAUGUUGCUCUUGGGGUCGAUUGUACUUCUGCCGUUCGUGGUGCAGAUGUGCCCGAGUCAGUUGACUCACUACGUGGAUUAGGAGGCAAUCACCGCUCUGCAACAAUCGAGGAUGAGCUGAACAAUAAUGAGGGUGACGCUUUGGAACCGCGGCCGGAAGCAGAUGAGGAGGAAAGGGAGCUGGAACGAGGACGGCGUGGCCACUCAGUUGACUCCGGUUUCUGCAACGACGAAAUAUUGGUACAAAUUAGUGAGGACGGCUGGUCGGCGCAUUCCACCUUGUUCUCUGAAGAAGCUGAAGCUGACUGCGAGGAAGUGCUCAAGAGUCCCCGAGGCAAAGAGACAGGCUGGGGACAGGAAACGGCAUUCAGGAGGAUCCCCAGGGCAUCAAGGGAGUUCCAUGGCCGUGUUUUGGAUGCAAAGGACUACUUCAGUGGAGAGACGGUGGGGCAACGCCGCAUUGUGGCUCUCUCCUGUGACCAGAGGCUGAAGGCGGUUCUUCCCAUUGAGGUUGGCAGUGGGAGGGAUGUGGUGCUUGCAGUGCCUGGGAAGUAUCCAGCUGCGGACUACAUUCUUCCUUUGGAUGAAUGUCCAGAUGGCCACCUGACUACUUACCGUCACUUGGGAGAGACUUGUUCAGCAGGACUUUUAAUGAAGCCCGUGGGACUGCAGUAUGAACCCAGUGAUGAAGUCAAGAAAAAGAAGAAGCAGCCCCAUCUGGAGAAGCAGAAAGAAGAAGAGCUGGAGCAGCCAGAUUAUUCAAGCGAAUUAUCUGGUGAGCAGCAAAAUCGGCUGAGAAGCAUUUCUGUGGAUAUUUGCCACCGCCUCGGACUUGCAUCCCGCAAUUUCUGUGACGAGACCGGCAGUGUGCAGCGAAACGUGGUCAUGAUCAAUCAAGAUGGAGCUGUGUCAACAGAGGAUGAUGUGCCCAAUGGAGCUGUGUUGCGUGGCGAGACAAGCAUAGCCAUUCGCGUGUUCCAGCUGGGCAAUGGGUCCAUUGUGCAGGAGAGGCUCAUCAACGAUACAGCCCCUGUCCGACUGUUUGACCUGGACCUUGGUGGAAACAGUGUCUUGAUGAGCAGUGAGUGCAGCAGCAGCAAAGGGGCAGCAGCACUGGAUGAGGAGCGCUUGUUGGAGUCAGUGGUUGGGGUGCCCUGGUUGGCAGGAACACAAGGCAAAGAACUUGAUGCUGAUGACAGGGCAGAUGUGCCAUGGACAAGUUGGAGGUCGGGCCCACAAAGUGGAUUCCAACUUACGCGGGCCUGGGGGUCUACCAAGCCAGAAUUGCAGCGGUGGAGGAAGAGGAGAGACAUGAAGGCAGUCCCAUCAAACGCAAGCCACAAAGAAUCCAAGGCUGCUCUCCAGCAACAGUUUAAUGCGCGUUGGGCUCAGCUGGAGGCAUCAGUCCGACAAAUGAGAACGAGGCAAGCUUCUGGAAGACAAGUCCGAAAGCGUAUCUGCAGCUCAACGUGGAAAUGCGUACGGACCGCAAGUGGCAAAGGAAGAGAAGAAGAGGAUGAUGAUCAUGAAGAAGACAAAACCGCCGAUGUGUUCCCCGGCUCCGUCGGAGCCAGCAAGCCAUGUAGAACGCCCGUUGACGAGGCGCAGAGCAAGAUCGAUCAAGUGACGACCAAAUCGUGCUUGCAUUGUAUUCCAGUCGCGUAUUUGUAUUUUGGAUUGUUUGUAUCCUGGGAGGGAGAAGUGGAAAGCGUUGGUGUGUGUGUGCUUCUUCUCUUCCUUUGCCAUGACGCCCCGCGUGUGUCCGGUGUUGUGCCGGGUGAGCUGGAGGACACCCUAAUGCAGCUAUGCGGGCGUGCCAAGAUGGAGCGGGAGCAGGCAGCUGACAGACUGCGCAAGUGCUAUGUGUCGGCGCCCAGCACGCAGACUGAGCUGCGUGGCCUCUACGACCGCUUGAAGCAGGUUGCCGAGGACUCGGGGGGCAGCAAAGGCAGCGGGUGGGAGAGGACGCAUGGGGCCUUGUUGGGGUUGCGGCUUUUGAUGCGCCCGCUGCUGGGCCAGCUAGCCUUAACGGACGAUGAGAAGCCCGUGCUGGAUGAGAUGACGGACGCCGGCCUGGCCCUGCUGCUGCAUCCGGAAGUGCGCGUGCGGCUGUCUGCCGGUGAGUUGCUGGGCGAGAUGUGCGCCGUCCGCGGCACCCGCGUCUACAAUGCAUGUCGUGAUGCCUUGCUUGACAUGAUCCACGACAACCUGGACCGCAGUCUUGCGGAGAAUGAGGAUGAGGACGACAUCAAAACCGCGUCGUCGUCUCCUAUUGCCACGCCGCCAUCUUCGGGCAUCAAGGACGUGGUGGGGCUGAGCGGUACGCCACCCCAGAGACCGCAGUCAUCUUCGUUGGUCUUUGAGGACCCAGAAACGUUGCAGCAACUGGUCAACAAGCUCAAGCCGGACACAGAAAACGCGCCUCGAAGAGGCAGUGUGGAUGCUGAGCAAAUCUUCCACGACACCGCGGGAUGGCGGAACUUGGAGACAAGCAUGAAGGCCCUGCAGCACAUGGUGGAGGGCUGCGGGCCAAGGCAGUGUCGGGCCAGCGACCCAAAACUGCUCAACCUCCUGUUUAGUGCCCUGCAGCACAGGAACCGGUUUGUGCGCGAGACGGGCCUCAACGUCUGCGCGUCCAUCAUCACGAGUGAGGCCGUGAAUGAGCCGUGGACGAGUCCAAGUAAGAGUCAGGAGGUGGCGGAGGAAGAAGGCAGCAACAACGACGAUGACGACAAGGACCGCAGGAGGAGCACUGGUCCAAAAGAUACGACAACAGUUGCUGACCAGUAUGCCAUGCGAGUAGCCGCGGGACUCACGGACAACUGGAGUCAGGUGAGACUCGCAGCGUCCGUGGCUGCCCGCAAGUUCCUUCUGUGUCUGCCGGACAAGAACAUGCGGGAGACGUUUUUCCCGCUCCUGCUUCCGCGGAUGUGUCUGAAUCGGUACUACAUGGCGGAAGGGGUUCGGCUGUAUUCGCAGGAAACUUGGCGCCUUGUCGUGGGACUUGAUGGCCGACAACUUGUUGCCAAGUACAUCAAGGAGACAGUGGCGUAUUAUUUGGCUGCGACUCGGGCCGACAACCACGCUGUGAGAGAAGCAGCGUGCGCCUGCAUUGCCGAGCUAGCGGCCAAGAUCCCGCACGAAAUCCUCAUGCCAUACAUAGCAGACAUGCUGGCUACGCUGCUGGACUGUUUCCAGGACGAGAGCUGGCCUGUCCGAGAUGCCGCUUGCGUGGCAUGUGGAAACUACAUUCUCAGCUUCCCAAGCGAGUGUCGCUCAUCUGUGGACAAGCUGAUGCCGCUGUUCUUUGAAAACCUUGAAGACAACAUUCCGUCUGUGAGACAAGGAGCUGCAGCAUCCCUGGCCAAAGUUGUGCAGGCCUAUGGGGACUCAUUGUCGUGGAUGGAUGCUGUGGUCGAGCGGACGGAACGGAACCUGGCUGGUGUGGCUCAGCAGCCGGCUGAGUCCGUGUCACUCAAGACCUUUGAACGUGGGCCGGCCCAGUUUGGCGUAGCCAAGCGGAUAUCAGCCGAGGAGUCUGUGGCUGGCCCGCACUCAAACCAGCCCAUGUUCUCGUGUGGCAGUCUGGCGCCAAAAAUGGGACGCAAGGGCUCGUCAGACCACAAGUUUCAUAAAGUUAGCCAAUUAACGAGGUUCAACAUGUCGUAA